AUGCACGCGGUUGGAUUACAUUCAGCAUUAGCCAUCAAACGACAAAGAAAACGUCGAGAUGAGCAACGCCGUGCAAGAGAGCGUCGUUAUAGUAGUCAGUCUGGUGAAAGUGGAUUAACGUCACCAAAAGCUUCUUCUUAUUCUCUUGAUCAAAAUAUGCAUUUUCAACGAAAAAGUAAUAUUUAUAAUCGUACUACAUCAGGAAUAGUAGAUUCAAAAGUUGUCACUUCAAUUGGAAUGUUACACAUUGGCGUUGUUUUUUUCGUCUCAGGCAUAUUUUUACUACUAAGUGGAAUUUUACCCAAUGAGCUAAUGUCAGUAGAAAAAAAAGCAGUAAGGGAGUGGUGGAACGAGCUUAUUGCAAUCGGUCUUUUUUUAAUAAUUGUUGGCUCUUUUUUGAUCCUACUUAAUACGAUAAUUGCAAAAAGGGAAGAGGAUGAGCUUGAGCAUUAUGUUCAACGUCAACUAACUAGAUCAAAGUCAGGACAUCGUCUUGAAAGAGACUCUGAGACUGGUGGAUUGACGACAAGGCAUGCUAAUCAUAUGAAAAUCACCAAAAGCUUCUACAAACCUGCUGAACUGUUGACACAAAAUAAUGUUGAUAUUUUAUUACAUAGCAAAGAUUCUGUAACAACAUGUUCAGAUAUUUCAGAUAGAAAUAAUGGGUUUUCAAGGCAGUUAAACAAUAAAGUGUUACUAGAAAUAAGUGAGGAAGAUAUAGAGAAUAAAUUAUAUAAUACCUCACUGAUAAAGUAUCAAAAUCAUGCAUCGAGCUUAAAGAUAAAAAAAACGUUAAACUUAAACAAUUCUUACAGUAGUAAGCUAGGUUGUUUAGUUAAUGAGACACCUAAUAUGUAA